AUGACGUACCAAGUCUCACAAAAUGUGAGACUUCCCCUCGACCCUCCUCUCUUUAUGCGUACCAAAGCGGUGGUGAACGUGGCAGUCGGCAACGAGGAGACCAUUUUAGCUACAUCUUCCACGAGUUCAGCUUGUCUCUCAACCAAAGGUUCCAUAAUGAAUAAUCUAGAUGAAGAAUGGGAUAACUGGAAAGUCACCUACGGGAGAAACUACAAUAGUCCGGAGGAGGAGGCUUUUCGUCGAGCCAUUUGGGAGAACAACAAGAUUUAUAUUGAAGCUCAUAACCAGCAGUAUAAACAGGGGCUAAGCACAUUUUGUCUGGGCUUGAAUCACUCAAAAAAAUUAUUUGUUCAAUUAACAUAAUUGAAUUAAGGAAAACUUUUCCACGAAAUUAGAUUAGGCUUGUACAACAAGAAUACAAUAAGUUAAUUUAAACAAAUAAUCUUUUGUUGCACCAACUUAAUAAAUAUAUUUUUAUUGGUCAUAAAAAUAUCUUUUUCAAUAAACUAAAUUCAGUUAAGGAAAACUUUUCCACACAAUUAUUUCUGGUCUGUUCAACAAAAACAAAACAAGUUCAUUCAAGCAAAAAAGUCUAGUUAAAUCAAUUGUCAGUUUCUAUAUAAUUCUAAUUAGCAUAAGCACACGUUAGCAGCAUGUUAAUGAUACAUUGGAUGAACAUGUGAAAAGAGACUGAUCUUCAAACAGUCAUUAACACAGUUAGUGCUUUUUAAAAUAAGUACGUAUGUCACAUCCACAACUUAACCACAAGCGCCACUCUUCUGUACAAUGGUAACCAAACAAUUCGUAAAAAUAUAACACAAAAUCUUCUAAAUCAAUAAGAUAAACCAACAUUUAACACUAUAAAGUCUUUCUCUUUACCAAAAAAUGCAUAAAAUAACACUUAAUUAAAAAAAUUACUCUCCAAAGGCAGUUGCAUGCAAAGCAUCCUGGGAAAUGCAGAUUCACGGCCCAGUAAGUAAUAGCAACAAAAAUCAUUAAUGUGGUCCCAAUAUAAAAUUAUUGAGUUCAUGUAAUUUUUUUUUUAUUUAAGCAGAUUGAACAUCAUAAAUAUAGGUUGAGACAAAAAAAAUAAAAAAUUGUGUUGUAUUAACUUGUUUCAUUUAAGUAAAUUAAACAAGGUGCAAAAAUAUUUUUUUGAGUAUCGUUAAAUUGCUUUAACCAUUAACCUCUGGUUAUUGUAUGGUCAGACUAAUUUUUUAACCUUAACUACACUCAAAAAAUUUACUUGGUUGGAGUCAGUUUUACUAAAUAAUUUCUUUACUUAACACUUUUCUUAACAAACACAAGUAAAUGCAUAUAAUUCAUUUAACUUAGUAAUUUCAACAAAAGACUGUAUCUUGUCAUCUUUACUUUGGGUAUUUUUGCUCAGUCAUCAAAUCAUUGUUCUGUAACACACACCGUAUGUAAAUGCAGAAGCGUCAAAGACAGACAAACGUUGAAGAGAUGACAUUGGCAAAUUUGUGAGGUAUGAAUAUUUUGUUUAAAUUAUUUGCCAUCCUAAAAAAAUAUAUGUAGUUACUUUUAUUUGUUUCUGAAAAAAUAGUAGGUAAUUUCAUGGUUUUCUUGAACACUUGUAUGGCAAAGUAUUGUAAUUACUAAGCAACUGAAAUCCUUGAAUGUUUAUUGCACACUAAAUGUUUGUAAAUUUAGCAUAGCAUUAAUAGUGACUUUACUAGGAUUUAUUACAACAUAACAUUAAGUACUGUAAAACCCAGAUAUUGUCUUUACUUAAACAACAAAGUAUACAUCACUUAAUAUUUUGAGUUUUGGACCAAAUACUUAAAAGUAUAGCGGAAGAUUUUCUUUGUCCAGGUGGAUCAUUAAGACUAUUGGUCAUCCCAGUUGUCAAUCAUUCUGAUGAUAUGUUGACGUUAGGCCGUCGUACGUUCUCGUCCCUAGGUUUGCUUUCUGUACAUGCACACUUUCAGGUGUAUAUUUGUGGUGGGCUACGGUUUCAACCAUUCAUUGAAGCUCGCGUUCUCACAGUGAUUUUUCAAAAUGUCUGAGGGUCGCUAGAGAUAAAGUUUCAAAUUGGAUGACAAGAAGAGAAAGACGUCCGAAGAAAAAAACAACACCAGAGUGUUUUUGGGAGAAUGUGUGUUGCUUGUGUUUUCAAAAUAUGUGUUUGUUGCGUCAUGUGAACCAUGUGCAUCACGUUUUUUGUCAAAUAAGUGUCUGCUGCACACGCGUCAAAACCAUUUAUGAUAAAAGAGACGCUCAUGUUCACAAAAAACGCAGAACACAUAUUUUGAAAUUACGAACCACACGAGACGGCCUACAUACAUGUUGUGACGAAUUUCGUAUCGAGCACACUCGAAAAAAGAAGUCACCGGCCGCCACUGAUAUAUUUGUUGGAAGUGUAAGAGGUAAGAAUAAAAAGUCAGAAAAAUAAAUAUUGAUACUGAUACCAGAAAAAUCUACUUGGGUACAGUUAUGAAGUAUUUGUACUUUGUUAAUUCCAUCUCUGAUAAGAAGUGAAAUAAAUCUCUGCUGUGUUCUUGCAUGUGCUCAUAUAAUAAGGUGACCAGAGUUUUAAAAAUGGAAUUUGGAUUUGUAUUAAACUGCACUGCUUUGUGGAUGUCCAAAUAAACUCAUAGCAGUCACCUAUUUCUGGACACAAAGGUUGACACAAAGCUCAAGACUGAUUUCCUUUGUCUUUGGCAUGGUGAGUAAAAUUAGUCUCUCCCAAUAAUGUGUUCAAGUGUAGGGCUGUGUUGAAAAAAUCGAUUCACCGAUUCUGAAUCGAUUUUCAUGUUAAUCUCUAAAGAUCGAUCCGUAACUCAAAGAAUCGAUUUAAUAAUUAAUAACUUAAACUUGCCGCGUCAUUGAAUUUACGCAUGCGCGCGAGGUGGAAGGACAUUAAAAAAACGAACAUAGCCGUCAGGAACGUUAAGCAAGCGGUUGUUUUGAAAACUCUAGAAACGCUCAAAGCUGCGAUCUACAUGUAAAAUAAUCCACUCAUAACAAAUG